AUGUCGAUAGGACGUACGACACUCCUUUUGGUUUCCGUAUUCGCAUUUCUUAAGUUAUUGUCCUUUUCAUGGGAGAGCGCUCAUAAAUCACAUGGUUCGUCAUUACUCGUAAAACGCACUGAAUUAGCCUCGUCACUAUCCGAAAGAGAGUGCGAUAAUGUAUAUCAGUAUGACGAUCAGUGUGCCUAUGUCAUGCAGCAUUGCUCUGACGCCGUCCCGGGAUUGAUCAACUAUAUCCAAAUCUAUUUCUGUGCAUCUCCAAUUGGAAGGUCUUUUCUCUUUGUCAUUUUUUGCGCAUGGUUGUUAUUCCUAUUUGGCUUUGUCGGGAUUGCCGCAUCCGAUUUUUUCUGUCCGAACUUACAGACGAUUGCCACUGCCUUGCAUCUUUCCGAAAGCUUAACUGGCGUGACCUUUCUUGCGUUAGGCAACGGGUCGCCCGACUUGUUUUCAACCUUUAGUGCCAUGCAAUCCAAUAUGGGUUCGUUAGCCCUAGGCGAGUUGAUCGGUGCCGCAGCGUUUAUUGUCAGUGUGGUUGCAGGAUGCAUGUGUGCGAACAAACCAUUCAGGGCGAAAAAAUUUGGCUUUCUGCGCGAUGUUUCUUUUUUCACUUUGGCGAUCGUGCUAGUGAUGAUCAUUGUGGCCGAUGGCUUGAUCCAUUUAUAUGAAUCCAUCCUAUUGAUCGUCUUUUAUCUCGUAUACGUAUCGACCGUAGUUGCUGGCAAUUACUACAUGAAGCGUCGAUCGGCUUAUCAAAACCUCGUUCAGCGUGCACGGUUGGAAUAUGAAGAAACAGGAAACGACAUCGAUGAUCUUAUCUUGCGAGGUCACGCGUUUGAAGGUAGCAAGGAUGAAAUGGAAUUAUAUGACGAAGGAUUCGAGGUAGAAGGAUACCAAAGCGAUUAUCGACAGCAUCGAAAUCCGUUGCAUCCAAAGCUACGCAUCCGCACGUCGCUGUUUUCAGCUAUAGAAUUCCAAGAUGUUGUUCACUCAUUGCAAAAUGCUAUCCCUGGAUAUCAUCACAUACGUAACAUUCGACGACGACGGGAGAGUAUGUUGCGAGGAGCACGACGAGCCUCUAAUACCGUGCCUCUGACACAGCGGCAGCCAGCCGAAACGUCAAACGCCGAUGACCCGGAUGCCGUCUCUCCUGACAGCCCUGGAUUAUCUCCAACGCCGACCAAUGAGCUGCAGAACGAAUUGACCCCGAGGCAAAGGUUUUACCAAGACGUUCGUCGUCACCUAUUCCCCUCUCUUUGGAAUUUCCGACGGAAACCGCUCUUUAGCAAGAUCAGCUCGCUGAUUUCCGCCCCCGUACUGUUCCUUUUAGUGAUUACUCUACCUGUCGUUAAGGAAGAUGCUUUGGAAAGUAAAAACGGCAUUCAGCUCGAUGAUGAUGCGCUCGCUAUGCUUGAGGACCCCGUAGAAGAGGAAACCGGCGCCAUGGCGUUUGGCGAUGCCGAUGAAGAACUGCCUUCUUGGUGCCGAUGGCUCACUGCCACUCACCUUUUGUGUUCACCCAUCUUUGUGGCGGUUGUCCUAUCGAUGACAGGGAUCGCGCGUCCCGUCAUUAUCCUACCUAUUGUAGUGGCGGUGAGUGGUUUGACAUCGGCGGCUUUUCUGUUCACUACGUCCGAUCAUAUGCGACCUCGACUCUAUUGGAUGAUGUGCUUUGUCGGUUUCGUUAUUGCAGUCGUAUGGAUUUACGUUAUCGCCAAUGAAGUCGUCGGCGUAUUACAGGUGAUUGGCAUGGCCAUAGGCGUGAGUGAUGCAAUUUUAGGUCUCACGGUUUUCGCCAUGGGAAACAGCCUGGGCGAUUUCGUCGCCAAUGUGACCAUGGCGAAGCUGGGCUUUCCGCUCAUGGCAAUGAGUGCUUGCUUUGGUGGACCCAUGUUGAAUAUUAUGCUCGGUGUAGGCCUUGGGGCUACAUAUGUUACACUACAGCGCGAAGAACCUUAUGCCAUUGAAGUUUCGUCUACCAUCCUUGUUUCGGCCAUCGGCCUGCUCAUUGUGCUUGUAUCUUCCCUUAUCUUGGUGCCGCUGAACGGUUUCCGAAUGUCUCGAAAGUUCGGUUACGCCUGGAUUGGCAUUUAUUUGAUCUGUACAGUCAUUAACCUAUACCUUGAAAUCAGUCAUUGA